GUGGGCUCAGCCUGGUAUGGCCUACGACCAUCUUUUAUCCAAACCCAACUGAAAAAUUAACCCGAUAUGAUCACGGCCCGAGACCCAUGGUGACCCGACACAGACCCGACCUAAUGACUUGUUUGUGACAGCUCUAGUCCCGUAUAACUUCUUCACUGGAUACCCUGUUUUCGCAAUACUCAAUUUGGGCCGAUCUCUUCCCCUCUCUCCUAGGGUUCCUAAAAAGUAAAAAUUGUCAAUUCGCCUUUGAAUAUCGCUUCCGUAAUUUUGCUGUCAAUCAUCUUAGGUUUAAUUUUGCGGGUAAGAUGAGAACAUUGUCAGAUUCUCCGACAGUUAGGAAGAAAACAGGAGAUAUUAAUUAUGAACAUGAUUCUUGUGUGCAUGAUUUUUGGCCACUGAAGAAGCCCUUUGAGAAUUUGUGCCGCAGCCAAGGGAGAGGUACUGAGUGCUAUAACAGAUUCUUAAAUUUUACUCGUGAAAGUGAGAAACCAGAAUAUGAUGAUGAUAUAAAGAAGAUGAUUUCUGAGUCGCCUGUUAUUAAGAUUGGCGACCCCUUUGAUAUUAUAUCGUUGUUGUCCUUUAAGGGUCAGAGUAAUUACCUUAUUCGGAACAAUGAUGAUAAUCGAGUCGAAUUGAACAAGGAUACCUUUCAAGGGAAAUAUGUUAUGGUUUGCUGUUUUCAUGCCCCUAUCCAUUGUCUAGAUGAAGAGGCAACCACUUUCCAGUCUAUUGCAGAUGUCUGUUAUGAAAUGUUUGAUUAUUUUGAUGAUGAUGAUUUUGAGAUUGUGUUGGUUUUGAAGAUGAACACUAAGUAUAAUCAUCAAUGGGUGUUUUCCAACUUCUUGUCGGCUUUUCCACCCUCUUGCCUUGUAGUACCCUUUGAUGACCCCAAUCGUCGUGACUAUAUAUGCUGUUAUCUUGACAUUAGACUUCCUUGUAAAUGUUUCAUUGUGGAUCGUACGAGCAUUGCUGUGUUCCAUAGUUUUCCUGACUUUGCAACGGAUCAAGGAGCUGACGCCUUUCCCUUCAAUAGUAAUUAUUCUGCUAAAGAGUUGGAAUUUAUGAGUAUGCCUAAGACAACCCAGCUUCAGGAAGUUAUGCUGAGCAUUGCAUCUAAUAAUGUUGUACAUAGGAUUAAUCAAGAAGGUGUCCAUGAGGAGGUGUCUUUCUCGAGACUCAACGAGAAGAAGGUUGUCGGGUUGUAUUUAUUCAAUGAAGGAAGUUGCUGUAUCACUAAAGAAAGUUCCAUUCACACCCUUCGCAAGGCCUAUAAAAAAUGCAGGAAAAAUCAGCUUGAAUUCGAGAUUGUAGUGGUUUACAUACCCUUUUGUCACUGUCUUUCCCCAGAGGUUUUCCAGGAGAAAGUAGAUAAUUUUAUGGAGAAAAACAAGAUAUCUUGGUGGCGGAUGCCCUACAACAACUCCAAAUGCCUCAAACUUUGGAAAAUUUGCGGAUAUGAUCCUAAUAAGCUUCUUAUUGUGGGACCCCGUAAUGAAUACGUGGGUGUUCAUGGACAAGAGAUCUUGACCAAAUACGGAUCUGAUGGAUAUCCGUUCACUAGAGAGGGUCUUAUCAGUAAUCAUGUUAAGUUGUUGAGGGAACUCACUUUGGGGUCAUUGCUCACUUCUGAGUUAUAUGACUAUGUUCUUAAAGGUGGUGAUACUCCGAUCAGUGUGGCUUCACUCCAACCCAGGAACACACUUCUAUAUUUUGAUUUUAGUUCUAAAGACACUUGGCCUUUUGAACAUCUACAGAAAUGGUAUGAUAAGAUUAAAACUAAGUAUCCUGGUUAUGAAGUGAUUUAUGUUAGACGAAACAAUAAGGAGGAUUUUGAUAUCGAGGCUAUUGAUCCAGCACUGUCUGAUAUUCCUUGGUUGGUACGCCCCUUCCAAAGUAAACAUUCAAGAUCUGUGGUGAAAAAAUUGUUCCCACCACGGGUUUUCCCAUUUGAUACCCUCGUUGAAUUUGGAAUCGAUGGCCAUGUUUGUUCAGUUGAUACUCAAAAUCUAUAUGAAGAUGAAAGACGUGAUGGUAUUCCAUUGGAGUGUAAUUUACGUAGGGACGUCAUUAAUCGACUUCGGGGUUCCCUCUGGUGUAUGGAGGAGUGUAUGGAGGAUAUGGUGAGAUACUUGUGGUGUCCUACUUAGUUCAAGGGCUUAUACCUGCAUGUCUUCAUUAAUAGCUUGAGGUAUGCUCUUUUAGUUUCUUUCUUUAAACAAGUUAUUUUGCACAAAUUUCAUGGGUUGUUCCCUGUCCUUUUUCUGCUUACAAACGAAGGCACAAAACUGCCCUUCUCCUUUUCCUAUGUGAGUCUUUUGGUUUCUUGAUUGGGUGUGUGCCAGUCUUCUGUUUGCUUUUUGUAGAGAUUGGUGUGCUUAGUUUGGUUUGACUGAUUUUGGUGUUCCAUUGGCAUUUGUGUUUUCUUUGUCAUGUGAGUGUCAAGAAAAGCUUGUAAGGAUUUGUUUGCAAUAUUGAUGGUCUUUUGUUCCUUUUACAGAGUUGUAAUAACUUUCAAAAGGAAUAUCAGCUUAUUGAUUAUAUUAUGUUGGAUUGCAGUUGUUUUCAUUUAGGCUCCGUUUAGUAGGAUGUAACUCACAUAUUUUUUUGUUAAGAUUAUUGUUCUUCUAUGUAUCGUUAGCGGUGUACUUGCACUACAAGAAAACGGAUAUUUCUGACUGCUUUUACUGCCCGCUAUGACAUUAGAUGGUAAAAGUAAUUUUACCUUCCGCGUUGGAAGUCGUCGUUAAAAAAUAAAAUCACCGACCGUAUUAAAGCAGUCGGUAAAUUUAACGUCCGUUUGAUAAACUAAAACAACCACUUAACAGUCGUUAAAAACCCGACCAAAUCUUAUUCAGUUAAAAAAAAUUACCGACCGACAACCGCGCUGUUGUAUUUGCCGACCCAUCCGGUGGUCGGUAAUUCUUUUAGAAAAAAACCUCCACCUCCUCUUCCUUAUGGAAAUUCGACUACAAUACAGAAAAAAAAAAGAAAAAAAAAAAAGAAUAGGAGAACGAAGAAAGCCUGCCGCACCGCCUUCAUUGAAAUCCGACGCCACCUGCACGAACUUCCGACGCCGCCUCAUCCAAAGGUACACAUUGUUCUUCCUUUAUUCUUCUUUAAUUUAUCCAAAUCCUAACCCUUCAUUUUUUUUAUAAAAUCAGAAAAUAGGAGCUUGACGCCGCCUCCACCACUGCCGACAGCCUCC